CCCACUGCUAUGGACAGUGCCAUCACCCUGUGGCAGUUCCUCCUUCAGCUCCUGCAGGAGCCUCAGAACGAGCAUAUGAUCUGCUGGACCUCUAACAAUGGGGAGUUCAAGCUUCUGCAGGCUGAAGAGGUGGCUCGUCUUUGGGGAAUCCGCAAGAACAAGCCCAACAUGAAUUAUGACAAACUCAGCCGAGCCCUCAGAUACUAUUAUGUAAAGAAUAUCAUCAAAAAAGUGAAUGGUCAGAAGUUUGUGUACAAGUUUGUCUCUUAUCCAAAGAUUUUGAAAAUGGAUCCAAUGACAGUGGGCAAGAUUGAGGGCGAUGGUGAGACUCUGAACUCCAGUGAAGUUAGCAGCACUUCCAAAGAUGUGGAGAAUGGGGGGAAAGAGAAACUUCAGCCUGGUGCCAAGACCUCCAGCCGCAAUGACUACAUACACUCUGGCUUGUAUUCUUCAUUUACUCUCAACUCUUUGAACACCUCCAAUAAAAGGCUUUUCAAGUCCAUAAAGAUGGAGAAUCCUGCUGAGAAACUGGCAGAGAAAAAAUCUCAGGAACCAACACCAUCUGUCAUCAAAUUUGUAACAACACCUUCUAAAAAGCCACCCGUUGAACCUGUUGCUGCCACCAUUUCAACUGACCCAACUAUUUCUUCAUCUUCUGAAGAAACUAUUCAAGCAUUAGAGACCUUGGUUUCCCCAAAACUGCCUUCCCUGGAAGCCCCAGCCUCUGUGUCCAACAUAGCUGCCAGCUUAACCCCCACACCUGCCAUUCCAUCCCUGCCUGCUUCUUUGAAGGAGCCUCCCAGGACACCGUCUCCGUCUCUAAGUUCUAAUCCAGACAUCGACACACACAUUGACUCAGUGGCUUCUCAGCCAAUGGAGCUUCCAGAGAACUCGUCUCUGGAGCCUGAAAACGAGGGUUCACCUUUGCCAGAAAAGGACAAAACAAAUAAUUCAUCAAGAUCCAAGAAACCCAAAGGGUUAGAACUGGCGCCUACCCUUGUGAUCACAGGCAGUGACCCAAGCCCCCUGGGAAUAUUGAGCCCGUCUCUUCCUACAGCUUCUCUUACACCAGCGCUGUUUUCACAGACACCCAUCCUGCUGACGCCAAGCCCCUUACUCUCCAGCAUCCACUUCUGGAGCACACUUAGCCCUGUUGCUCCCCUGAGUCCAGCCAGACUGCAAGGUGCUAACACACUUUUCCAGUUUCCUUCUGUACUGAACAGUCAUGGGCCGUUCACCCUGUCUAGCCUGGAUGGACCUUCCACUCCUGGGCCAUUUUCCCCAGACCUGCAGAAGACAUAAUCUAUGCACUUGUGACAUGAGAGACUCAAGGAACGCAGAAAUGGACAUUCAACUUGAUUUCAUUGGAGUGAGGUUGACUUAUGAUUUUUGCCAUUUCCUACUGAAACACCUUUUUCAGGAUUCUCUUUGAGUAGGUUUCAAGUUAGACUGUGUGAAAUGCCUUAAUUGGAGUCCACCUCCACAUUCUUGUCUUUUUUUUUAUGUUGAGCUAAGUGCUAAAGUAAUUUUGGUGGGGUUUAGCAGCUAUGCUUUGCAAGAGUGAGUAAGAACAAAGUUACUCCUCCUGGCUGUCAGAAUCUUUUGGCUAGGAAGAAGAUUAUUAUUUUAUUAUUUUAAGGAAUACUAGUCAGAUGUAAUUGGCUGUGUCUUUAGAACUGAGUGUGCUCUGUUGAAUAAGUAAAAGUGAGCUGUUCAUAAGCAGUGGGAGAAAAAGAAUCCAUUCCUGUUCAUACGAAAUAAGAUUGGAGCAGUAUCAUCGUGCAGACUCUGCUUUGCUACGAACUGUAGUGUGUAGGUAUGGAAGCAAUUCCACCGAAGACAUCUUGUUCACAUGUAUGCAGUGGGUCUUGUAGCCACAUGUAUGAUCUCAUCUUCACCUGUCCGAGCACAUGGAGCUCGUCUGUCUCAACAUAAGAUUUUUAAGCCUGGGAUUUAAGGUGGUUUUUAGACCAUCUUGUGAGAUUAUAGGGCCCCACAUCUAGCACAGAAAUGCUUCUGUCUGGUAUGAUUGCAUACAUACGGAACACAGCAUAGUUGGUGAUGACUUUUAGCAGGAUGGACUUAGGUUAAACUGGAUACCUUAAGACAACGUGAAAGGUCUGUCCCAGUUAGAAGAUGCUGAGGGGAGGGACUCUGUCUCAUUCCUGCUCAUUUUACCCCAUUUUCUUCUGUAUAUUCAUCACCUUUCCUUCUAAAUCUAAAGCUGUGAGGGGUUGUGACAGUAUUAAAUGCCAUUCGGAAGGUGGAAUGCAAAGUGAAACCUUCAGUCAAUAAUGAGGCAGAGAUGCACUUGUUCUUUCAGUCUUUUAAUUAAUUAGGGAGGAUCAUUCAUGUGGCAAUACUCAUAUAUAGGAAUUAGACUGUUCUAAUUAGCUUUGGAAAAUGUAGGCCUUUAUUUCUGUAUUACCAAAUUUAUAUAUUUGUUUUUGUUUUUUUGAGACAAGGUUGCACUGUGCAGUUUAAGCGGUCCUUGAACUCACUGUGU